CAUAUCCCGUGCCAUUUACGUGUGCCACUUUUUUCUUCUUUCGACCACUACCAUCAUACUAUACAAGAACCAUGUCUGUUAAAGAAACCCCAUCCAAGAUUGCUGCAAAGAACAUUGAGAGCUUAGACCUCGGUGCCAAGAAGAACUUGUCUUCUUUGCUCGCUGACGAACAGCCAACCGAAUCUGAGAUUGCUGAAAUCACGGCUGCCGGUGCCAGAAAGGUCGGCGAGGUUGCCGGGAUCUCCGCUGCCCUUUCCAAGGUCGAGGCUGAACACCAAGAUUUUUUGAACACCCAUAAAACCCACCGUGACCAAUUGAAGGGGUUGCAGAAGGAAGAACCAUUGUUAGUUGAAAACAAGCGUCGUUUCGUCUUGUUCCCAAUUAAGUACCACGAAAUCUGGCAGAUGUACAAGAAGGCCGAAGCCUCCUUCUGGACCGCCGAGGAGAUCGAUUUGGGGAAGGACACCCACGACUGGAACAACAGAUUGAACGACAACGAAAAAUACUUCAUCUCCCGUAUCUUGGCGUUCUUUGCUGCCUCCGACGGUAUUGUCAACGAAAACUUGGUCGAGCACUUCUCUGCCGAGGUCCAGAUCCCUGAAGCCAAGUGUUUCUACGGUUUCCAGAUCAUGAUGGAAAACAUCCACUCUGAAACGUACUCCUUGUUGAUCGACACCUAUGUUAAGGAUCCAAAGGAGGCUGACUUUUUAUUCAAUGCCAUUGAAAACAUUCCAUGUAUCAAGAAGAAGGCCGACUGGGCCCUUAGAUGGAUGUGUGACGAGGAUGCUUUGUUCGGUGAAAGAUUGGUUGCCUUUGCUGCCGUCGAGGGUAUUUUCUUCUCGGGUUCUUUUGCCUCCAUCUUCUGGUUGAAGAAGAGAGGCUUAAUGCCAGGUUUGACUUUCUCCAACGAGUUAAUUUGUCGUGACGAGGGUUUACACACCGAUUUUGCCUGUUUGUUGUUUGCCCACUUGAACCACAAGCCAAACCCAACCAUCGUUGAGAGGAUCAUCACCGAAGCUGUCGCCAUUGAAAAGGAGUUUUUCACCGACGCCUUACCUGUCUCUUUGUUGGGUAUGAACAAGGAUUUGAUGUGCCAGUACGUUGAAUUUGUUGCCGAUAGAUUAUUGGUCUCUUUGGGUAACAAGAAGGUUUACAACUCCACCAACCCAUUUGACUUUAUGGAAAACAUUUCCUUGGCCGGUAAGACUAACUUCUUCGAGAAGAGGGUCUCCGACUACCAAAAGGCCGGUGUCAUGGGCGGUAACGACUCCCAUACCAAGGACAACUUCACCUUUGACGAAGAUUUUUAAACAAUCAAAAAAUGAGAGUUUUCACAAGGUGAAUAACUUUCUGGCUAGCGUUCAGGAUUCAUAUUUCUUCUUCUCCCCUAUGUUUCAUUUCUCUUUGGGUUGUGACAUCACUUUUAUGCUCCCUCCCCUUUUUUGUUUUCGGUUUCUUUCCUUCUGUAAUUUUAGAUUAAUGCUAAUUAAUA